UUGGGUGUGUCACAAAUCUGCAAGAAAGCUUCCUUCCUUGUUAAUGCAUGGUAUAUAGAUGAUCAGAAAGCCUGUACUCAUGCUUUCUGCAUCAGAGCUCAAUAGCUCAAUACCAAUUACACCAUCACUAUUACCAGGGUAUUCUGAGAGGAACUUGAUCUUCAGGUGACCGAUCCUGGAGCUGGAGUCUGAUUGCCUGGAGUCUGAAUACGACAGAGUCGACCCCAGUGAGAUUCAACUCCACGCUCAAAGGCCCAAAACCAUGGAAUUCCUUCAUUCGUCCAUCUCUGACUCGUCCUGUCCAGAUGUCUACAACUGGAGUAGUAGCCACAAUAUAAUUCUGGAGCAUUACAACUUCACCAGACGCCUCCAACACCGAAUACCCUCAAAGAGAGGCACCAAAGGCAUCACGAUUCUGUUCCUUUUCUUCAGCGUCUUUAUCAUCCUGGAGAACCUCAUGGUGCUGCUGGCCGUCUUGUUUCGUGUCCGUCUACGCCAUCGCUGGAUAUUCAUUUGCAUCGCCAACAUCGCUCUCAGUGACUUGCUAACCGGAUCUGCUUACGUCGUCAACAUCUGCCUGUCAGGUGAACGCACCUUCAAGCUAAGCCCGGUUUUCUGGCUAUUCCGAGAGGGACUACUCUUCGUAGCACUUGCAGCAUCGAUCUUCAACCUGCUCUUGAUUGCCGUGGAGCGCUACGCUACCAUGAUGAAGCCCGUCCACCAGAAAACGGCCACCAAGACUUACCGUAUCUACAUGAUAAUGGGGAUAUGCUGGAUAACUGCGUUUAUUAUCGGCUUCUUGCCAUUGAUGGGUUGGAACUGUGUUUGUGACUUGAAAAGAUGCUCUACACUUCUGCCGCUCUACUCCAAGAGCUACAUCCUAUUUGCGUUGAUCAUAUUCUUCAUCAUUCUACUCACCAUUGGCGCUCUCUAUUUUGCAAUCUACUGCCACGUUAGAAGUAGCAGUGAAACAAUGUCCAUACGCAGCCGCAAGCGUUCAUUGCGGCUCCUAAAGGCUGUCAUCUCCAUCGUUGGGGUCUUUAUGGUGUGUUGGGGCCCCUUGUUUAUCCUCCUGUUGGUGGACUUCUUCUGCUACUCUCGAAAUUGUAGCACUCUCUUCAGUCCAGAGUGGGUCAUUGCACUAGCCGUGCUAAACUCUGCGAUGAACCCACUAAUUUACUCGUUUGGCAGUCUGGAACUGCGUAAAGCCAUCGCAAGCCUCCUCUGCUGUUGCUGUUUGAAGGCAGGACUUUGCGAUCCCAAGACCUUCAUGUCAAAGGAAACCUCCAGCACUUCAGGAAGUCGACACAGCAGCCUGCGUAACAGCUUUAGCAAGGUGCGAAAUCUAAGCACCAGCCCACCACCAGAACUGAAGUUCGGCAAGAAAACACGUCUCAGCUCCACCACUUCUUGUUUAUCUGCGUCAAGCGGUUAGGCUGCGGUGGGCAGGUGUUUUUCACAUUUGCCACAGGAACUUCACCUACUCCUCCUUUGGGCUCAAACGCUUCAGCGUGGCUUCAACCGUUCAACAGCUGAUGUCAGUUUCCAUGCACACCCAUAUAUUUUGCAGAGAUUCAAAUCUUGCUGAAAGGACGUUUGUGGGUACCAUAAAGAGUACAGCCAUGCAAAAGAACAAUCAUUUCUGUAAUAAUCAAUCCAUGUAGCUUGAAGUAUGCAAUUAUGUACAGCAAGUGAAAGCAAGCAAUCAGACUUGUGGAAUGUUCAAAUAAAAAGUGCCGUUUUCUACGAGAAUGUAAAAUAUAAAUAUGGUCAUUAAACUACUGAAAAAAGUCUAUUUUCAUAUGUAACAUAGAAAGAGAUGUUUAUAUUUGCACAUUGUUCUUUAUUGUUUCAGCGUAAUAUUUGUAAAAUAUUUGUAGAGGAAAUAAAAAGUCUUACAAGA